GGACCCCUCUGCGGCUGCGUCAGGAGGAGGUCGUAUCAGUAGAGCCCGUCAGGUUGCCGAAGAAGAAGGUUAUACAACACUAUACUUAUUACACUUUUUCAUAAUAAAUACUGUUUUCAGCCUUAUACACAACAAUGAAUCCCGAUAUUAUAAAAGAGCGGCAAAACGCCACUUUUGACGUCGAGAAACUCACCAACAUUUUGGACGGGGGCCCAGAGAAGACCAAAAGAAGACGAGAAAUUGAGGCACUGGUUCUCAGCGAUCCGGACUUUAAGGAGGAGGACCCAAACUUCCUGUCCCGCAGUGAGCGCUAUGACCAGGCUGUUCGAAAAAGUGCCCAAAUGAUCCUGAAGCUCAGAGAGUAUGGCAUUGCAGACCCAGAGGAGAUCUACUGUUAUAAGACCUCCGUGCACCCCGACAGGCCAGAGCCCUUGGAUCUACAUCUGGGGAUGUUCCUGCCCACACUGCUCAACCAGUCCACCCCAGAGCAAAUGGACCGUUUCUUCAUGCCCGCCUGGAACCUAGAGAUCAUCGGCACCUACGCUCAGACUGAGAUGGGCCACGGCACACACCUCAGAGGGCUGGAGACCACAGCCACGUACGAUCCAGCCACACAGGAGUUUGUCCUCAACAGUCCCACAGUCAGCUCCAUCAAAUGGUGGCCUGGGGGACUUGGAAAGACCUCAAACCAUGCCAUAGUCCUAGCCCAGCUUUAUACUCAGGGAAAUUGCCACGGUCUGCACGCUUUCAUUGUGCCCAUCCGUGACAUGAGCACACAUGAACCCCUGCCAGGCAUUGUGGUCGGAGAUAUUGGCCCUAAGUUUGGCUUCAAUGAAGUUGACAAUGGCUUCCUGAAACUAGAGAACGUACGAAUCCCACGGGAGAACAUGCUGAUGAAAUACGCCAAGGUGGAGCCAGAUGGAACCUAUGUGAAGCCACCAAGUGCCAAGCUGACCUACGGCACCAUGGUGUUCAUCCGCUCCAUAAUUGUAGGCGAGUCAGCUCGCGCCCUCGCAAAGUCCUGCACUAUCGCCAUCCGCUACAGUGCCGUUCGCCAUCAGUCUGAAAUCCGGCCGGGAGAGCCAGAGCCCCAGAUCCUCGACUACCAGACGCAGCAGUAUAAGCUGUUCCCUCUGCUGGCUAUGGCCUAUGCCUUCACUUUUGUUGGCCAGUACAUGAAGCAGACCUACCACCGCAUCUCCGGAGACAUCAACCAGGGAGACUUCAGUGAACUGCCUGAGCUCCACGCUCUGUCUGCGGGUCUGAAAGCCUUCACCACAUGGGCAACCAACGCCGCUAUCGAGGUCUGCCGCAUGUCGUGUGGUGGCCAUGGCUACUCUCGCAGCAGUGCCUUGCCUGACAUUUACGUCGAGUUCACCCCUACCUGCACCUACGAGGGAGAGAACACAGUCAUGAUGCUGCAGACUGCACGAUACCUGGUAAAGAGCUACCGUCAGGCUAAGGACGGUCAGCAGCUGAGCGGCAUUGUGUCGUACCUGAAUGAAGCAGAGCAUCGCAGGGUGCAGCCCCAGCCCGUCGCUGCCAGACCAACGGUGGUCGACAUUAAUGACCUGGCUAGCCUGGUGGAGGUCUACAAACUACGAGCUGCCAUCCUAGUAGAGCUGGCAGCUAAGAGCAUCCAGCAAGAGUUGCAGCGCAGGAAGAGCCAGGAGGACGCCUGGAACAACAGUGCUAUCGACCUAGUCAGAGCCUCAGAUGCCCACUGUCACUAUGUCGUUGUCAAACUCUUCACUGACAAGCUGGGUGAGAUAGGUGACACAGCAGUACACUCAGUGUUGUCAACCCUGGCUCUCCUCUACGCCCUGCAUGGCAUCACACAGAACUCUGGGGACUUCCUACAGGCUGGACUGCUGAGCGUGCCCCAGGUGUUGCUGAUUUCUGUUCGUAUCAAGGAGCUGCUGGCUCAGCUGCGGCCCAACGCCGUGGUGCUGGUAGAUGCCUUUGACUUCCAUGACAAGAAGCUGAAUUCGGUCCUGGGACGAUAUGACGGAAACGUCUACGAGAACCUGUUUGAUUGGGCUCGCCGCUCACCCCUGAACUCCACAGAGGUCCAUGAUUCCUUCCACAAGUACUUGAAGCCCCUGCGGUCCAAACUGUGAGCUGACCAUUGCAACCCGAUUCCUGGCUCUGACCCUCCAACUCUGCAUAUAUAGGCACACCUGUAACAGCACUAACCCAUCAUAUCAACACUUUGAUGGUCUUCACUCUUGCCUUCAGCUGGUGCUUACCAGUCUGAAAGAAUCUAGCCUUCCCUCCUCUACUCUCCUUCUCUCUGAAUUAGCCUCUCUAACGGCCAUUGUAUACUGAAACGUUCUAGAGCAAUGUAGACAGCAGGCUUGUCCUCUUGGGUGAUCAUGGUGUAAAUCACUGUGGUAACAAAAAGGGUGUAAAACCAAGGGUUUUAUCUAAAAUGUCUAAUGAAUUCAAUAUUUUGAGCCCAAAAACUAGCUGUAAGAAUGCAGAUAAAUAAUCAAGUAUUUACAGGUUUAGAUUGCCUUGUUUUCUGUAGAUUAUGAUUUAAAGUUUCAUGUUUCCUCCUCUUUUCUUCACAUUCUGCUAUGUGCCUGAUGGCUCCUCUGUGUGAGCCAGUCAAGAUGGAUUUGCCAUCUCUUUUUUUUCUCUAACAAGAACAGAAUGUCAUUAUGAAUGUUACAUAACGUUGGACCGAUCAAACCAACAGCAAAACCAGUUUUGGUCAUUUCCCUUGACUACAAGGACCAACACGCUGUUUUAAAGACACUGUGCUGUUUGUAAUAAUUGUUGCUCAACAGGAAUUAAUUUGUACAUGACCUUUGUUAAUCGCUGUAGGCAACCUUACUUCUUCACAAGUUUGUGGCAAUCCCCUGACCCUCCUUCACCAGUCAACUAUGGUGUAAUAUGACUGACUUAAACAAUAGCUGUGCUGUAGUUUUCACUGGAUAGGAUAGAGCAGGAGUACACAGAAACAUCAAGUGAAAAUAUAAAAAUAUUUCCUAAAUGUUCUUAUCUUAUGUUAGUGGCUUCCUUCUUUGUAGAGAACAAUGGUUGCAGUGAGUCACAAUGGUCCCCCGGGUUUUUUUGACAGAAAAUACCUAAAAUAUUUCCAGUUGCUGUAUUUCAAUCACAAAGGUAAAACAAUCCCAGUCCCCACCACGUGUCACAUGUGUGGCUGUAUAUUGAAUAACUGUGUCAUACUUGACUGGUCAAAUUACAGAUACUAAUGUGUAGGUUACAUGCUAAAGUGUACUCCGUUAAUAGAAGCUGAUCUCAAUGCAGAGCUGAAAGGCCACUCAAGUACAAUGUAUGUGAGACAGUGGAAUGAUAUGAGGGCUUUUUAAUACUUACAGGGGAUUAAAUUUAGCACUUUUGGGUGACAUGUUCUAAAUUCCUCAGUUUCUGAGUGUCCAAAUGCUUUUGAAUGUGUCUGUGUGACAGAAAGCUUUCAGCAGAUAACGGUGCAAGGUAUAGUAUGCAAAGUGUGUGGAAAAACACCUGUGAGGACAGGCAGUAUGAAUUUGUGAUAAUUACUGGGAGUUAAAUGAGGCCACGUAUGCACAGUAUAUGUGCAUUAGUAUUCCCCCUCCCUGCUGUGUGGGGUCAUUAUAAAGAAGGGUCACACCCCAGCCAACAUCUGGAUGAAUUCUUUGUUCUAUUUGUUUGUUUUCAGUCAAGCACAUUUUGAACUACAAACUUUCAAUAAAUGUCUUGUUAUUUUGCAGUUAUGUUCAAUUUCUACUGGCUGAAUUAUUCAUAUUCAAAUAUGAUUGACAUGUAUUUCUAUAUUAAUGCUUUCCUAUUUUUGUCAUUACAGUUUCAGAAUUGGUGGAUUUGUUCUCCUGGUUUAUGUCAGCCUGCAGUAGUUUAUUUUUCUCUGUGAGCAGUCGUAUCUACAUGGUAGAUACUGAUGCUGGUGAUUUUAAAAGUAGCAACAUAAUUACACAAAUAAACUUUUAGGAGAUUUUGUGACUGUAAAGACACUGAUGAAAAGGAGGAGCUUUAAUCAAAAGCUUCACUGUGAACUGUAAAGAUGAUUUGUGGGAUAAUUAUGUGCCUGAGGAAGUUGUCUUUCCUUAAUCUAACUCAUAGCUCAUAGCAUUUCAUUUCUGUAUGUACACAGACUUUUAAUCAGUUGAUUUCUGCUCUAAGGGCACAGUUAUCAAUAAAGAAUGACUAAGCAGUUUGUUAAGCAUAUUUGUGAUAAUUUGACGACAUGUUUUAUGGAAUAAUAAUAAUUUUAAACAUGUGAUUUUAAUGGUUGGUACAUAAUUUGACCUGUAAGUUAUAUUAAUAAAUAAUUAAAUAGAAA